CGCACUCUGACUGGCCGCGAGCUCUCUGCUCUCUGCUCACAUUCUCAGCACGGAGAGGAAGUGUUGAACACGGAGCUGUAAACCUCACAGCCUGAGAGAUUAGUAUGGUUUGAUGUGAAUCAAUCAAAAUCUGAGGGAGCUUUGACUCCAUUGUUCUAGACCAUAGAGAAGGAAGAAAGAAAUAAGUGAAGCAAAAAGGAAGAAUGGAGCAGGCACAUAGUCUGCUGCUGAAUGAGGAUGUCUGCAGCACACUGGGUGAGGAGCAGAGGGCUGAAUUUGUGUUUGAGUGGCUGCGCUUUCUGAAGAAGCUCCUGCCUGCUGCUGAACGGGCCGAUGUGAAGCACAACCAGAAGCGACUGGUGGAGCAACUGACGGCUAUCCUGACCAGCUCGCCUGGCCCCUCCACACGCUACCUUUUAGCUCAAUGUGUGGCUCUGGUUUAUUGCAUGGGUGAAUCACUUACCUCCAGCCUCACUGUGGAUCGCUGCCAUGACAUCAUCAAGAGCAAGGAUGACUCUCCCAGCUUUCUGUCCACUCGCCUGGCAGCUGUGGCGUGUCUGGGUGCGAUGUAUAGGCAGCUUGGCCGUCUUCUCAUCAACUCCUUCAAGGAGACCGUGGCAAAUCUUUUGAAAGCCAUGAAGAGCUCUGAGUCUCAAGGACGGUACGAGAUCAUGUUGUGCAUGGAGAAGAUUCUGAGGGGUUUGGGGGUGAGUGCCAUGCCCUGUCACAGAGACAUCUACAAGGCCACACGCUCCUGCCUCACUGACCGCUCCAUGGCGGUUCGCUGUGCUGCCGCUAAGUGCCUGUUGGAGCUACAGAGAGAAGCUGUAUUCCUGUGGUCCACAGAGCUGGAAAACAUGUCCUCACUUUGUUUUAGAGCAUUUGAUGGCUCCAACUAUGAUGUCCGUGUUACCGUCUCCAGACUGCUGGGCACCUUGUUAGCCUCAGCUAUUGAGCCCAAACAAGCCAUAGCUGGCCGGACAGGUUUGAAGCGUAACUGCUUGGAAGAGGUAACAGAACUGGUAUCCAGUGGCUUCCUACAACGUGGAGCAGGUUUCCUGCGUGUCAGUGGUGACAUGCUGAAGGGAACCAGCCCAGUCAGUGGAGACUUGCGUGUGGGCAUCACCCAGGCAUGUGUGGUAUUUAUCUCCACUCUGGGUGGGACAUGGCUGGAAGCACAUUUUUCCACCCUGCUUUCUUUCCUCAUGGAGCUUGUGUGUGACACACGAGUCAGUCAGAACAUUGGCGAAGCUGUCCAUUGCAGACGCUGUGUCUCUUACAUCCUGAGAGCAUCGGUAGGCAGCCUACUGGGAGAGAAAUCUCAGAUAGCAGUAGCCAAGGAGCUCUGCCUGGCCAUGAGCAAGCAGACAAAGGCUGUAGAUGCAGGAAAGGUCAUGGAGGUCCCAGUAAGAAGCACAGCCGUGGCAACCUGUCAGCACAUGCUGGUGUGUGUGUUGCUGGAGCUGGGCAGUGUGUUACAAGAUCUGGGCUCCACGGCUGCACCACUGCUGCAUGACACCAGCAUAGGGAUGUUAGAUACUGUGAUCUCUGUGCUCCUUCACCCUAGCUUAUCUGCACGGCUGGCAGCUGCUUGGUGCCUGCGCUGCAUAGCUGUAGCACUACCCGCUCAGCUAGUUGUAUUACUCGACCGCUGUUCAGAGAGGCUUAAUGCAUUGAAGUCUUGCCCUGAGGCUGUAGCAGGAUAUACUUCUGCCAUCGCUGCCCUGCUGGGUGCUGUGCAACAUUUCCCACUGGGGAUACCACACUCUAAAGGCAAGGUGGUGAUGGACCUGGCAGAAGAUUUAUUGCGCUCUGCUGCUCAGAAUAGUAAACUUUCCAUCCAGAGAACUCAGGGAGGCUGGCUGUUACUCAGUGCACUGAACACUUUAGGACCCACUGUAGUGAAGCAUCACCUUUCCAGAAUGCUGCUGCUGUGGAAAUGUGCCUUUCCUCAAUCUGUUAAGGAGUUGGAGAGUGAACUGAGGCGUGGAGACUCGUUUACAUGGCAGGUAGCACUGGAAGGUCGUGCAGGAGCACUGUGCGCAAUGAAGAAUCUGCUGGUUCACUGCAGAGAUUACCUCGACGAUGAGUUCAUUGGUCGUCUGCUUCCUCUCCUGUCGUGUGCUGUAAACCUGCUGAAUCUGUCGCCUUCUCUAAUGAAAUCCUAUGGGAAGCAGAUAAAAGUUGCUUUGUCCGUCUUCCAAGUAAGAGUGUAUGAAGUCCUUGCAUUGUUGCCACCCAAGACCUAUGAAGAUAAUUUUGAAACUGUGUUGAAACAACUGGCGAAUAACCUCAUGGAUACAGAGAAUACAACAUGUCCUGAGGUCAGCCUUCUACGGCCACUGUGCCAUGACUCAGACCUUUCUCUGCUGGGUCCGGCUCUGCAUGACGUGGACCAGCGCUACAUCGAGGAGCAGCUACAUGGAAGCAAAAUGGGAGGUGGAACUUUAGAGUAUGACCCUUUCACCAUAUGUGAGAAAUCUCAGAAGGCACCCACACCCCCUCCCCCAGCUGAUGCUCUCAUCAUUCAUUCAGUCCAACUGUUUGGAGUAAUUUUUCUCCAUUUGGCGAUUCAUCAGAGAGUUCAGAUUCUGGAGCAGUUCUGUGAGUGUGUGAGGCAGCUAAAGGGCACUCGACAACAGAUAGUCCAAAUCCAUGUAACAGCUGCAUUUUGUGGCAGUCUGAAGUGUUUGGCACUGGGUCAUGAAACACUUGGUCCAGAGGAGGUGCAGAAGCCUGCACUCUCUCUCCUACUGGGAGCACUGGAGAGCUCCAACCUUCUACUGCGCUGUGUGGCUGCUGAGGGUUUAGCCCGAUUAGCACAGGUGCUCAAUGACCACAGUGUAACAGUCUCUCUCAGCCAGAUGAGCUUCGAUAAGCUGAAAACAGCACGAGAGGGUGUCUUGCGGAGUGGACAUUCUCUAUUGCUGGGGGCACUCUUUCGCUACCAAGGGGCGAUUACUUCAGCCAAACACCUCAGUGCUGUUAAGGGGAUUCUUUUCUCACUUUCACGGGAGAGCAGCUCGCCAGAGGUCCAGAUGUGCGCUCUCCAGUCUUUGGCCAUGGUGGUGGACCAGGCUGGACCUUUGUAUCGCAGUCAUAUGGAGACCAGCUUGACUCUAAUUUUAAACCUGCUCCUCACCACACCACACACUCAUAUGGAGGUGCAGCAGAGCCUGGGGCGCUGCCUCAGUGCGCUCAUUAUAUCACUGGGUCCUGACCUGCAAGGUGAAAGUGUGGGCAUGUGUGCGUUGAGGAGCUCAUGUUUACAGGCCUGUGCUAUAAUGCAGGACAGUCCAGACUGCCUGGUGCAGGCUCAAGCCAUUGCAUGCCUCCAACACUUGCACAUGUUCUCACCCCACCAUGUUGACCUGGCUGGUCUUGUCCCCAGUCUCUGUGGAAUCAUGUUGGAUUAUUCUAUUUUGGUGAACCUGUGUAGCUCGCACCUGUUUCUACGCAGGGCGGUGGUAGCGUGUUUGCGUCAGUUAGCCCAGCGCGAGGCAGUGGAGGUGUCUGCGCAUGCUGUGGCCCUGGUCAAGGAGCUGCCUCGAAGAGACAACACACAGUUGGAUGUGACCAUUAAGGAGGUGGGUCUGGAGGGAGCGCUGUUCAGUCUGUUGGAUCAUGAGCAGGAUGCUAGACUCUGCAAAGACAUUGAAGAGACAGUCAUCCACAUGAUGAGCUCAGCCACUCAGAGCCAGCUGGCUCACUGGCUCAAACUCUGCAAGGAUGUGCUCUCAUCUGCCUGUUCAGACUCAGUGCUUGGAGCACAUGGGGAGGUGAAUCAGGAGGAAGAUGCAGACAGCUAUAAUGAUGCAUCAUUGUUUCAUGCCAGCUGUGCAUACAGUGGGCCCUUUAACAACAUGCGCUGGUCCAGCCGUGUGUUUGCUGUUCAGUGUGUGUGCCACAUCAUAGCGCAGUGUGAGAGCGGAGACCCAGCUCACUUUGACAUGACACUGGCUCAAGAACAACGUUUGCACAAAUCCAAAGAUUUCCUGGUUCUCCACUUGUCUGAUCUGGUGCGCAUGGCCUUCAUGGCAGCCACAGAUCAUAACGAGCAGCUCCGACUGGCCGGCUUACACAUGCUGCUGCUCAUCAUCCGCAAGUUUGCAGGCGUCCCAGAACCUGAGUUUCCUGGCCACGUAAUUCUGGAGCAGUAUCAGGCCAAUGUGGGAGCUGCUCUAAGACCAGCCUUUAGUGCAGAUGCUCCUCCUGAUGUCACUGCCAAAGCAUGUCAGGUGUGUAGUGCAUGGAUGUCCAGCGGGGUUGUCAGUGACCUCCGUGACCUUAGGAGGGUUUACCAGCUAUUGGCAUCUUCACUAGUUAAAGUUCAGGCAGGGAGGGACACGCCUAAUCCUCUCUACAAUGAGAGCACCUUAACCAUGGAGACGCUGGCUGUGCUUAAAGCCUGGGCAGAGGUAUAUAUCGUUGCAGUGAAAAACAGCAGGCACAGAAAGCAAGAGGAUGUUGCUGAUAAAGGUGAAGCUGAAGGGCUGCUAAAACUGGUGCAGGGUGAGCUUGGCACACUGAGCUGCCUGUGGCUGGCGGCACUGCAGGACCAUGCAGUGCUUACUCUACCUCCAGACUAUGCCAAGCAGUUACCAUCCACAGGUGGCUCAUUCUACACAGCAGAAGCACUGGAGCAGGCACGUCAGUAUUACUGCAGCUCCUGGGCUCCCAUCCUCCAUGCCACAGCACUCUGGCUCAACAGCAGUGAAUUUAUAAUGACUGAUGAGGGGCCGGGCAACCUCUCCAGACCUGUAACUCCCACCUCGAUGGGCCAGUCCGCUACCCGGGAUUACACAAAGUCCCAAGAGGACAUCAGCGUUGAGCGUCUCAACCUCAUUCUAGGCAUCAGCGUGGAGUUUCUGUGUUCACCUCACUCUCAAGGUCAAAUGGAAAACAUCAUCUCCUGUCUUCACGCACUGCAUGCUUUACUUGAAGUGCCUUGGGCCCGUUCCAAAGUGGGCAAUGAUCAGGCACUGAGUGUGGAGCUCCUCAGAGUGCUGCACAGGCUGAUUGUGACCCGAGAGUCUCCCCAGAUACAACUGGCUGUGUUAGAAUUGGUGCAGCAGGUGGUGUGUGCCACUCAGGAGCUUGUAAAAGAGAAACGUCACAGCGCAGAGGUGGAUGAUGGUGCAGCUGAAAAGGAGACGGUGCCUGAGUUUGGUGAAGGCCGGGACACCGGUGGUCUGGUUCCAGGAAAAUCUUUGGUGUUUGGAGCCCUGCAGCUGUGUCUUUGCACACUACUCCGGAAACUUCCACAGCUCAGUCCUCAACUAGCAGGCAGUCCCAGUGGACAGGGAUGUGUUGUCUCAUCCCUAAGUGACAUCGACUGCACUCUAAUCACCUUGGCUUUAGGGAUCCUCUCAGAGUUACCCUCCAUGUGUUCUCCUGAGGGCAGUGUGGCAGUGUUACCCACAGUGCUGUAUCUCUUGCUUGGGGUACUCCGGGAGUUGGUAAGGGAGUAUGGAGGAGUGGACACAGAAAAACUGGUGUCUGGGACACUUCAAGCACUACGCACGGUCCUCUCAUCUCCCAUGAGCAGAGUAGAGAAAAGCUGCCAUGCUUGGGUCCAGCUGCUGCGCUGUGCUCUCGUUACACUGCUUAUGUGCUGGAACACAGACACAACAGGAUCUGGUGUGGCUGAGAUCACUUUGCUCACGGCACUCACCAUCUUCCUGCUUUGUUUGAGUGUUGAGGUCACCAGUGUAGAACCACUAAGGACCUGCUGCAUUAAAAAGUUCCAGGCCAGCCUGGAGUCCAAGGACCCAAUGGUACUGAGUCGGUGUUACCAGUUACUAGCCUCAGUGUUUCAGGGCCCAACAGUGGUGGCAGAGUCUUUUAUCAGGGGACUGGGCACUCAGCUGUUGGCUCGGCUGCAGCAGGUGGAGAAAAACCGUCCUCAGACCGCCAUUGAGCUGAAGGCAGUGCAGGAUGGCAUCAGAGCCAUGGAGGCAUUAGUGCUUGCUGCUCAGGAAUCAUACCGUGGCCAGUUGGUUGCUGUGCUGUUGCCCAUCCUAGUCUCGUUCCUGCUGGAUGAAAACACUCUGGCCACAGCUCCAGAAGCCUCAUGUUCUCUGCAUGAGUCUGCUCUGCAAGACCUGAUGCGCAUCGGCCCUCAGCAUCCAGCCGUCUUUAAAUCUUUCAUGGCCUCAGCACCACACAUGAAGGCCCGACUUGAGGCAGCCAUCAAGGGCAACCAAGAGAUUGUAAGCUCCAAGGCCACACAAUCUCAGGUGCCUGACAAGACCCAGGUGCCAAGCAUCAAACUGAAGACCAACUUUCUGUGAAACCCACGAGUUAGUGUAUUGUGAGUGUUAAUAUUAGUUUAGGGCAGGAGUUAUUUUAACUGAUUAAUGGUUUUAAGGUAACGGUUGAUUGUUUUGUUGUUUAAAUGUAAGCAAAUGUGUUAAAAAUAAGGCAUUAACCUCUAUGAGGAUUUUAUAUAAAAUAAGUUACAUGAAGCACAACCAUUCUAUGCAAGAAGAAAGUGGAACUAGUUUAUGUUGCAUAAGGCAGACACUGUUUUUAAGCCAAGUGUAUAAGAUAGAAUAACUGGUUUAUUUCUGUUUAGUUUCUCUAAGGCUAAGACACUAUAUGGAUGCAGCCUGAUUUUAGCUUAAAAAAAGCUUCUUCUUUUUUUGGACCUGCAGUGUGAGCAGGGUGCCGGCGCAUGAUUAAUUAUCCAAUCAACCAAGUAUCUGGCUCUUGGAUGAUCGGCUGGAUUUGUGGCGUAACAAAAAUUGUGUUGGCUGUCUUCUAGUGUGGGAUGACAUGGUCAGAUUUUCCAUACCUCUAAAACAGAUUGGUUUCUGAACAAAGUAAAAUUGCUUUUUGUACUCUUAUCUUUUGUGACACAAAAAUUGCCUUUGAUGCUUUGAAUUUCCUGUUUUAAUAGAAAUUUAUUGGAAUUGUUAAUGAAAACCGUCCCUUAAGGGUUUUCUGUUUAAAUGUACACUGUGAGCGUUUGCUUCUUACCUGGUUCCUCACAUGUGCAGUGUGAGCAGAGAGGUCUCAGGUGUGAGCCCGUCAGCAAGGCCAGUUUAAUGUAUACUGUGAGUUAGCACUGUGCUUGUACAUAAUAAAUAUAAAUCACACUGUCUGCCCUGGCUUAUGUUGCAUCUAAAAUCUAAACAUUAUAAUAUUUUAAUGAAUCCAUACAGUAUAUUCAAAACUUAGUUAAGCAAUGUCUAUGCUCUUGUAUUUCUAAUUAUAAUCCUUGCAUAUUUUGCUUUUUGAUGAUACAUUUUUAUUUAGUUACACAAUAAGUUUUCUUAAUUAACACCGCUUGAUCAUUUAUUAGCUUGCUCUAUUGAUGCACUCUAGGAGUGUCUACACAGAGGGAGGAUCGGAAUCAUGUUUUGACAUUGGCUGUAGUCUGUAAAUUUGUCUGUAACAUUGAAAUAAAACACGUUGUCAUUUGAGUCUAAA